AUGGGCUUCCUCGACUGGAACGACGGUGCCUCCGUCCUCUCAGGCAGAUCUCGCCGUCACAAGUCCUCUCGCUCUCACAAGAAGCGCCGUUCGCGAUCCCGCUCCCGCUCUAGCUCCCGUGAGCGUGGUCGUGGUGGCUUCGCCGAUAUGGCAGACUCCUUCUUUGGCGGAGAUCGCUACGGCAAGCACAAUUCCUCGCGCUCUUCAUUCUUUGGCCUUGGCGGUAACAACAGCCGCUCCAGCUUCUUUGGAAACAGUCGCUCGUCUUACUACAAGCGCUCCCCACGUCAAGGCUUCGUCCAGAAGACAUACAAACAACUCAAGCGUCUCCUCCGCGACCUUGUCCACUGGGCUAAGCGCCACCCAUGGAAGGUCUUCUUCGUCGUUAUCAUGCCCCUCAUCACGGGCGGAGCUCUGACUGCUCUUCUUGCCCGCUUCGGCCUACGUAUCCCACCCGCCAUUGAGCGCAUGCUCGGUGUCGCCUCCAAGGCUGCCACAGGCGACUCCUCCGGCCUCGUAGGUGAAGCUGUCCGCAUGGCCAGCGGUUUCGGCGGCAACAGCGCUGUUCGCGUAGAGCGUGAUACGCACUCCUACAGCGGUGGCGGCGGUGGUGGCGAUACUUGGGGUGGUUUUGCUGAUAUGGCCAAGAAGUGGAUGUGA